UGUACACAAAAAAUGGACGUUGCUUCCGGCUCCUAAAGAAGAAGCGGACGCUGAGUGAAGAACUUCGUGUUUACUCUUCUUCUCUUUACUGCUUCGGAAGCAAACAUGGACUCUGAGUACAUCCAGAGACAUCUUGGAAAGUGUCUGGCAGACGGACUGGCUGAGGUGGCCGAGCAGCGCCCCGUCAACCCCAUCCUGUACCUGGCUCACUGGCUCCUCAAAAACAACGCCAAUGUCCAGGAGGACAGGGAGAAAAAGGCUCGUUCAGCUCUGUUGGAGCAGGAGCAGGCAAAAGCCAGAGGGGAGGAGCUGCACCAGGAGAAGCUUGGGGAGGAGGAGCUGAAUAUCAACGAGGCCUUGGAGGAAAAAAUCUCUGAAAUGGAAGCUUCAGGGUCUGCUUCACCCAAGCCAGCCCCAACAGGAGCUGCUGAGGAGGACAAACCAAACACUCGUCCUGAAAACCAGCAGGGUGAAGAUGAACAGGAGGUUACAGAUACUGUAGCCAGCCCGGGGUCCACUGAGGGAGAACCUGUGGAGGAGGCGAGCUCUCCCCUCACAGAGACCCUCAGCAAUGAGGUCAGAGGGGAGUCAAGGAGCGAUCAAGCAGAAGAGGAGCAACAUGAUAAUGAUGAAGAAGAGAAAACUGAGGAGGGGAGCACCAAUCAAGCAGGAGACAAACACAAAGAAGAGAAGCUUGCUGAAGACGAAACCGAUAAACCUGCAGAUUCCGGCCCGGUGGAGUCACCCCUGAAGGCUGAUGAUCUCAAACCAGAGGAGACAUUCUCUACCGAACAACAGGAGACACGCAACACAAGUUCUCCUGCUCCUCAGGAUACGGAGAAGGCAGGACACACAGGUGAGACCCCUGACGGCUCCGCAGAGGGAACAGUGACUUUACAAGAGGAUCAGGAAAGAUCUCCGACUGACAAAGACAACGCUGAGGAGAAGGAAGAAGAAAAUGACACCGAUCAUAUUUGACCAACUCAGUGUUUGACGAUCCAUCAACCCAUCAUCCAUCUUUUUAAUAAAUGCACAAAUAAAGAAACUUCAGGAUGA